AUGGCAGGCAAACCGCCGGAAAAUGUCGUGAUCCAACCUUCUCCAGCCGAGACGGUAAUGAAGCCGCCCGAAUUUCCUCUGGCUCGCAAACUCCACAUCGUCGUGGCUGGUGUCUACUUCGUCUUUAACAGUUCCUUGGGAUCUUCCCUCGCAUCUGGAGCCCAUGAUGCCAUGGCGGAAGACUUCAACAUCCCUUCAGAUGAUCUGAGGAUGGUAUUGCCCACGUCACUUUAUAUGGCUGGUUUCGCCAUUGGACCGUUAAUAUUUGGCCCUCUCAGUGAAUCGGUGGGCCGUAAACCGGUGCUUAUCACCACCUUCGCGCUGUAUCUGAUCUUCACCAUGGCAUGCGCUCUGGCGCCCAAUUUCCCCGCUCUGGUAGUAUUCCGGUUUCUCUGUGGAUUGGGAGGCUCGGCACCUAAUGCAGUCUUGGGCGGCCUGUUUUCUGACAUAUACACUGAUCCGCAUCAUCGUGGUUUGGUCAUGUCGUGGUUCAUGUUCGCCACAACCUUCCCUCCACUCCUGGGCCCCAUUAUCUCCGGUUUCGUGUCUACCGUGUCCUGGAGGUGGGCGUUCUGGUCUGGAUUGAUCAUUGGAGGAGCUGGAUUUCCUCUGAUUCUCACGAUUCCCGAAACCUUCUAUCCUGUUUUGCUGCGCAAAGCUGAGGAAGCGUUGUCUGGAAAGCGCAAACAGUCACUGCCUGCGGGGGGAUUUCGUACGAAAAUGUGUCGAUUUUGCAACAAGGCUCGUGCAGUGCUCAGUCGCCCAUUCGUCAUGAUAAUUCGCGAACCAAUUGUGGCCUGUUGCUCCCUGUAUCUGGCUCUCAUAUACUCCCUGCUGUACUUGUUCUUCCAAGCAUAUCCACUCGUUUUCCAAGGCCUAUACGGAAUGUCUGCUGGUGUCGGUGCUCUUGCUUUUCUUCCCAUUCUCCCCGGGUCGGUCAUAGCUUUCCUCAUCUUCUUCCUGUACAGUUCCUACCACACAAAAGCUAGCAAGGCAGGUUUAGCCUGGUCUAGGGUCGAAGAGUACCGACGACUGCCUCUCGCAUGCAUUGGAGCUCCUUUCAUUCCCAUUGCCCUGUUUUGGCUUGGCUGGUCCUCCAAACUAUCCAUCUCCCCAGCGAUGCCCAUGAUGUCCGGGAUUUUCUUCGGAAUUGGCUACCUGUUGAUCUUCAUGGCGCUCCUCAACUACCUGACCGACGCGUACAAGCAGUUUUCCGCGUCGGCGAACGCAGCGGCGAGUACGCUGCGGUCCAUCUUCGCAGUGUGUCUUCCACUCGCAACGACACCCAUGUACACCAACUUGGGUAUUAACUGGGCAAGCUCGUUGCUGGGAUUCUUUUCCAUUGCAGUGGCGGUCAUUCCGUUUGUGUUCAUCCGGUAUGGCGCAUGGAUUCGGGAUAAUUCGCCCUUUGCGCAGAAGGCAAAGCAGGGAGGAGUUGCUCUUAUGAAGGAGAUUGAUUGA